UUACAGCGUUGAGCGAGGCGGCAGGGAGGGUGGUCGAUUGUGUAAGGUCGAUUAUAUCAGGUUCGACUCUCAAUUCAGCUAUCUACGGGAUCUCCAAGUUCCAACGAUGGAGACUCCAACAAUCAUAUGCAAGGCCCUGAAGGAACAGGGCGUGCAGUACAUGUUUGGAGUGGUUGGAGUUCCUGUGGUGGAGGUGGCCAUUGCAGCGCAGCAGGAGGGCCUCCAUUACAUUGGGAUGCGUAACGAGCAGUCUGCGGCGUACGCGGCCCAGGCGGUGGGCUACCUGACGCAGCGGCCGGCCGUCUGCCUAGCCGUCUCCGGACCGGGGGUGCUGCAUGCCAUUGGUGGCAUGGCCAACGCUAGCGUCAACUGCUGGCCGCUGAUUGUUAUAGGCGGCGCUAGUGAUGCGCCGCUAGAGGGCACUGGCGCCUUCCAGGAGUGGCCCCAGGUGGAGGCGUGUCGCCCCUACUGCAAGUACGCGGCCCGUCCGCCGUCGGCUGAACUGGUGCCCUACCAUGUGAUGAAGGCAGUGAAGGAGGCCACAUACGGACGGCCAGGCGCCGCGUACCUGGAUUUCCCCGGCGACCUCCUGCAGUCCUGUGUGCCGGAGUCGGAGGUUCAGUGGUGCCCGCCGCUGGCGCCCCCUCCUCGCGCCCUGGCCGAGCCGAGCCAGGUGACGGCGGCGGUCGGACUGCUCCGGGGAGCGGCCAGACCCCUGGUGGUCGUCGGAAAAGGCGCCGCGUACGGCCGUGCCGAGUCGGAGGUGCGCCGACUGGUGGAGCGCUCCGGUCUACCGUUCCUGCCCACCCCCAUGGGGAAGGGCGUGCUGCCUGACGACCACCCGCAGUGUGUCUCCGCUGCCAGGUCCCUGGCGCUGGGCGAGGCGGACGUGGUGCUCCUGCUGGGAGCCCGGCUCAACUGGAUGCUGCACUUCGGGCGACCGCCGCGGUUCGGCGCCCAGUGCCGCUUCAUACAGGUGGACAUUUCCCCGGAGGAGUUCCACAACAGCGUGCCGGCGUCGGUGACCCUGCUGGGCCAGGUGGCUGAGGUCACAGGUCAGCUGGCGGAGGCCUGGGGUCAGUCGGGACCGGCCGGCGCUGACCCCGGCCGGCUCGGCACCUGGUGGCAGCGACUGCGAGAGAAGGCGGCCGCCAACCAGCUGGGUGUGAAGUCGCAGAUUGCUGACACCUCUGUCCCGCUCAACUACUAUGCGACUCUGCAGUGUGUCCAGGACAACAUCCCCAAAGACAGCAUCAUCGUCAGCGAGGGCGCCAACACGAUGGACAUCGGCCGCACGCUGCUGCUGAACCGCCAGCCGCGCCACCGACUCGACGCCGGCACCUUCGGAACCAUGGGCGUCGGACUGGGCUUCGCCGUCGCUGCUGCCAUCUAUUGUCGUCAGGAGAAACUAGCCGAGAGGGUGAUUUGCGUGGAGGGAGACUCUGCGUUUGGUUUCAGCGGAAUGGAGGUGGAGACCAUGUUUAGGUACCGUCUUCCGAUCAUCGUCAUUGUCAUCAACAACAACGGCAUCUACUCGGGCCUGAACCGGCCUCUGUGGGACGACCUCACCGCCGAGACAUCCGGGUCAAUCAGCUCGCCACCCACGGCGCUGCUGCCGGACAGCCGGUACGACCGUAUGACGUCACUGUUCGAGGGAGAGACUAGUCCGUCGGGCUGGAACUGCACCACCAUCCCGCAGUUGAAGACGGCGCUGGAGGCGGCGCUCCAGGUGACGAAUCGACCCACCAUCAUCAACGUCAUGAUCGACCCCAUGUCGACGCGGAGGCCGCAGGCACACGACUGGCUCACGCGCGCCAAAAUGUAAGACUCGCGCCACGAAUGGGUCGCACGCGCCAAAAUGUAAGCGGCGCCAAUAUGAGGUGCCAUUGAUUCGCGCCACAACAGGUUGAACCGCGCCAAAACGUAAUACCGGCGCGGGUGGAGGCGCAAAAAUCGUUGUUCGAGUCGCAUCUGGGGAGUGAUUAGUCAAAUGGGGCUACGGUGUGCGAUUUGAAUCGAGCUGAGGUAGUAUGCUGAUGAGCAGACUUCAGUUGCUCAGGUGCUAAAUAUGUGAUCGAUCCUGGGUAAAGAUGCAAUAUUUUUAGAAAUGAUUAUAUUGUUAUGUAGAAUAGUUAUUCGAAAGCGAUUAGCUUUGAUGUGCUUCCAGGAAAAUAUGCCUGAUUUGUGCUAUGACUGCGUGCUCAAUUUAGAUGUGUGAGUAACGGAGAGCGAAUGUCCUUGCUCGAGGCUCUUCGUGAAGGGACUCGAUCAGUCUCAAUCUCUACUGCCCCACAAGUAUACAUUAUGCAGUGCCAUUUGCGCUUGCUGUGGGUCCAAAGAAAGUGAAGUAGCCAACUCAGUGCGUUGAAGUCCUACAAAACUCGAUUCCAGACCACUGUUGUGUUUGUAUAUAGGCCCCCCCCGAGGCCCCCUACUUGGACCGCCUCUGCGACCCCACGGUGCCAGGUGCCUGUGAGCGCCCCUGCCGGCGCCAGCUGACCGUGCGCGCCAAGCGGCGUGACUGGCGCACGGGACGUGGGCUGGCGCUCGCCAUACUUUUUUACGUUUCGAUCUCUCUCUCGGCCCAUUCGCACCGGUCUAAAAUAAAUCGCGUUGAUAUUCA